AGAAAGCGAGGAGCUCGCGAGCAGGGAGCGCGGAUCAAAGACCGGAGCGCCAUGACGCCGACACGGUAAAGCACGCAGGAGCAGGGAAGAGGAGGAGUAACUAGGGAGGAGGAGGAGGGCUCUCCGAUCUGACGCAGUGUGCAGCGGCCGCCUCACUUCCCGUCGCCGCUCCCAGGAAGAGAGCCUUCGUCCCGGGACGCUGUGCGCCGACAGACCGGGAGCUCCGGAGGACGAUGUGGACGCGCGCGAGGGACGCGCACAACCCGCAGCGGCGCGCCUCGCUCCGGGCAUCGACCCCGCGCCUGUAACCCCGCUCUGCGUUCUGCUGUCAUUGCGUGUCGCGGGGAGGUGACGAUGCCUCCGCGGCCGCACACGGAGAGUCUCCCGAUCACCGGACGCGCCCCGCGUGGUGUCCCCCGCGCGGCGGAGGACUCGCCGUCCACCAUGCUGCCCGCUCGCUCUCCAUGAAAACUCUCCAUGAUAACAAGGAGGAGGCGGAGGAGAAGGAGGGGUCCGGCUGCUCCGCCAUGGAGGACAAGGAGAGCGAUGUGAAAACGGCCCGGCUGUGGAGGGAUGCCGCCCUGCGCUCCAGGAAGCUGCGCAGCGACCUGCGCCAGCUGACGCUCUGCUCCAAAGACAACCAGAUCGUUCUCCCGGACGACAUAGCCGAGAUAGAGGCGCUCAACCUGGGCAACAACUCCUUGAAGGAGCUGCCCGACGGGCUGGGAUCCAGCCUCAACAACCUGCGUGUCCUGGUGCUCCGCAGGAACAACUUCUCCGCCGUGCCCAGGGUGGUGCUGGAGCUGGUGCUGCUGGUGGAGCUGGACUUGAGCCACAACGUCCUGGGAACCCUCUCUGAAGGCGUGGGCCAGCUGAGGGAGCUGAAGAAGCUCUGCGUCAGUCACAACAAAAUCCAGAGUCUGCCGGCUCAGAUCGGAGGGCUUCAGGCCCUGGAGGAGCUCGACCUCAGCUUCAACGACCUGCGCGACCUCCCCGGGUCCUUCUCCGGCCUCUCCAAGCUGCGGACGCUGGAUGUGGAUCACAACAAGCUGAACCGGUUCCCCGCCGAGAUCCUUUCCCUCAGCGAGCUGGAGGAGCUGGACUGCUCCGGGAACAAGUUCCAGGAGCUGCCGGCCGACAUCUUGAAGCUGCGGUCCCUCAAGAUCCUGUGGCUCAGCAGCCUCCACGUGUCAACGCUGCCGGACUCCUUCUGUCACCUGCAGCAGCUGGAGAGCCUGAUGCUGGACGGGAACCAGCUCUCGGCGCUGCCCGCCGCUUUCGGACGCAUGCAGAGACUGAAAAUGCUCAACCUGUCCUCCAACGAGUUCGAGGACUUCCCUCAGGUCGUCUUCCGCAUCACGGGGCUGGAGGAGAUUUACCUGAGCAGGAACAAACUGAGCCACAUCCCGGAGGAGGUCGGGCAGCUGGUGAAGCUGGCCAACCUCUGGCUGGACAACAACAACAUCACGUACCUGCCCGACUCCAUCGUGGAGCUGGAGAAGCUGGAGGAGCUCGUGCUGCAGGGAAACCAAAUUGCUAUUCUUCCCGAUAACUUUGGGAAGCUGUCCAGGGUGAACAUCUGGAAAGUGAAGGACAACCCUCUGAUCCAGCCCCCCUACGAGGUCUGCAUGAAGGGGAUCCCGUACAUCGCCGCCUACCAGAAGGAGCUGGCUCAGGUGCAGCUCGCCGUCAAACCGCGGCUCAAACUGGUCCUGAUGGGGGCGAGCGCCGCAGGGAAGACCCGCCUGAGGCUGAGCGUGGCGAGGCGGCCGCAGGACGCCGUCAGCCUCCAGGGCAGCGGCGGGAUCGAGGUCACAGACUGGGUGGCGGACGCCGAGCGCUGCCUCACCUUUCUGGUGUUCGACCUUUCAGGGAAGCAGAACUAUGACCUCAUCAACCCCUUCUUCCUCUCCCCCGGGGCCCUCUACGUCCUCGUGGUCAACCUGAAAACGUACACACCCAGAAGCUUCUACGCCCACGUCGGGUACUUCCUCCACCUCCUCGGGGCUAAAGUGCCCGACGCCGUGGUGUGCCUGGUGGGGACACACGCAGACCUGUGCGGGGGAGUGGAGGUGGAGGAGAAGAGCCUGGACAUUCACAGGCAGAUCGGGCUGCAGGAGAAGAGGGACAUCCAGGUCCUGAGGAGCCAGGGUCUGCAGGUGGACCAGGCGCUGGAGCAGGGCUUCAACCUGCGCUCCUCCAGCCCCCACGUCCUCUUCUACGGCGUCUCCGACCGGAACCUGCGGCGGAGGAAAUCCCAGCUGCAGUACAUGCUGAACCACCGGCUGCAGAUCCUGUCGCCACUGCUGAGCGUCAGCUGCUCGGAGAGGAGCCAGAGGAACAUCCAGCGGCUGAGGGAGAAGCUCAUGUCCGUCGCGGACCACAGGGACAUCUUCCCCAACCUCCACCGCGUGCUGCCCAAGUCCUGGCAGGUGCUUGAGGAGCUGCACUUCAAACCCACAGAGCUGUGGCUGUCGUGGUGGGACUCGGCCCGUCUGGGCCUGCAGGCGGGUCUGACCGAGGACCGGCUGCAGAGCGCCCUCUCCUACCUGCACGAGAGCGGCAAGCUGCUCUACUUCGAGGACUCGCCCACCCUGAAGGAGUACGUGUUUCACAACCUGCCGCGAUUCAUCGCCAUCCUCAACGUCUUCUUCCAGAGGGACGAGUCCUCGCUGCUGGACAGGCUGCUCUCGGAGGGGGGGAGGGGGGACAGGGGCAGGGUGAGUCUGGUGAUCGAGGACGAGAAGGGAGAGACCCUCAGGGUGACCCACCUGCAGCACCACGUUGAGGGCUUCCUCCGACACGGCCUCCUGCCCUCCAACGUGAUCCGCCUGCUCCUGCGCCCGCUCAUCCAGACGCAGCAGGACCUCCGCCUCAUCAUGGAGCUGCUGGAGAAGAUGGGCAUCUGCUACUGCGUCAACAAGCCGCGCAGCCACCCCCCCAACGGCGCCACGGCGUGGUACAAGUUCCCCAGCUACGUGAGCGGCGAGGAGGAGGAGGAGGAGGAGGAGGAGGCGGGGGAGGUGCGGGCGGAGGCCUCCUCCUCGCCGCUGCCUCCGUGCCCCUUCUUCUCUGUGGAGCAGCUGCACAUCCGCUACAGCUUCCCCUUCCUGUUCCCCCCCGGGCUCUUCGCCCGGUUCGGCGUGCGGAUAAACGGCCACGUGGUGCAGCGCUCGGACGGCCGGCGCCAGAUCUCGGCCCACCGGGGCAAGGUGCCCGUGGUGGUCAGCCACCGGCCCUGCGGCGGGGGGGGCGAGACCCUGUCCAUCGCCAGCCGCGCCUCGCUGCCCAACAUGUGGACGGCGUGGCAGGCCGUCACGCCGCUGGUGGAGGAGCUGAACGCGCUGCUGGGGGAGUGGCCUGGCCUCCACUACUCGGUGCACGUGCUCUGCUCCAGGUGCCUGAGGAGAGGCGCCUCCAGCCCGCACGCUUUCCCAGGUGAGCUGCUGAGUCAGCCGAGGCCUGAAGGUCUGACUGAGAUCAUCUGUCCAAAGAACGGCACGGAGCGGGUUGACGUGGUGCUGGUCUACCCCCCCACCCCCACCGUGCUCAGCCCCUGUCUCAAGUGAUCUGACCCCCCCCCCCCCCCCCCCCCCAGCCUGCAUCAUGCCCCCAUCACACUGGAUCACUGCCUCACAUGUACGUACAUCAUCUCUUCACUUAGUUUACCCUUAAACUUAUAAAGGAUGGAGGGAGAGAUCACAUGUUGGAGCAGCAGCCAAUCAGAGACCAGGAUUCCCCUUUUACAAAUAAACUAUCUACUAUACAGGGUUUAUGAAUGGAGUGUUAUCAAUAAGUCUGUGUGUGUGAAGGUGACGUGUGUUUGUGUUGCAGAUCGCUUCUUGAGG